ACCACUGAUGCCGAUAAUGGCUCCGCUACCGACAGCGCGGUUGGCUCACCAUAUACGCCCGUUCAGCUACGUCGGAAUAGACUAUUUCGGCCCACUCUCGGUGAAAGUUAAACGAUCAAGCGUCAAACGAUGGAUUGCCCUCUUUACCUGCCUCACCGUGCGUGCAGUGCAUUUGGAAAUCGCAUAUGGCCUGUCCACAGCCUCCUGCAUUGCGUGUGUGAGGAGAUUCGUUAGUCGCCGCGGAUCGCCAGUUGAAUUCUUAAGCGACAAUGGGACAAACUUUCAAGGCGCAGAACGUUUGCUCCGCGAACAGAUAAACGCAGGAUUGUCAGAAACUUUCACGAAUGCGGCAACUAAGAGGACUUUCAUUCCACCGGCAGCCCCGCACAUGGGCGGCGCGUGGGAGCGCUUGGUUCGUUCGGUUAAAACAGCAAUGGAAGAAGCGUAUUCGGAUGGGAAUUUGAAUGAUGAGGGGUUACAGACUUUAGUCGUGGAGGCAGAGAGCUUGGUGAAUUCACGGCCUCUGACCUACCUACCGUUAGAUUCUGAAGAGUCCGAAGCUCUCACGCCAAAUCACUUCUUACUCGGGUGCUCGGGAGGGGUGAAACAACCAGUAUCAAUUACCGGGAUAUCUAAGCUAAAGCUCCUAAUGGAAAUGUGGGAGCAAAUUCAAAACCAACUUACUACGUUUUGGAACCGUUGGCUGGUAGAGUAUUUGCCAGUAAUCCGAAGACAAACAAAGUGGUUCGACGAAACCCGUCCAGCCGAAGAAGGGGACUUAGUCUUGAUUGCCGAUGAGGCAAAACGCAAUGAGUGGAUACGAGGCCGAAUAGUUCAGGUGAUAAAAGACAGCGAAGGUUACAUUCGACAGGCAGUUGUGCGCACCUCCAAAGGUGAACUACGACGCCCAAUGACGAAACUGGCUUUAUUAGAUGUGAAAGAGAGUGCACUCCUGACGGGCCGCAAGAUGCACCGGGGGGAGAAUGUUGCAACUCAUGCAGCCUUAAGAACUCCGUUGGCGAAUAUAGCAAAAUCGCCAGUCUCUGCGCGGACAGCUUUACACUCUCGUUUGCCUCCCAACCAUCAAGACAGAACCGUCAGAUAUGAUGACUAGUUGAAUUAGAGCAGUUGUAACCCGCACCCGUGAGAAUUGAAAAGAUUUGUGAGCAAGUUUGCGACCUACUAGUUUAAUAUCAGGCAGUAUUUAAAAUUAUAAUCGUUCAGAGCAACACUCUAUUGGGAAAGGCAGACAGUAAAAAGGAAAGUGCAUACACGAG